GUGUCUUUGUAUCCAGUGUUGUUCUGGUCUUACAACAGCGAGCACUUUUCAAGUUUUAUAUGAUCGCCUCGGCAUUUCUGCUGGCUGCGACUUCAGUGUUGGUGAAUUACUACGCUUCUUUGCACAUAAACUUCUACAGUGCCUACUACACAGCUGCGUUCGGAAUUCAGAUCUUCCCUCAUAAAGGACCUUCGCUAUGGAUGGCGCUUUCCAUCCUUCAGCUUACCUUUGGAAUUGGCUAUGUUACUUUGCUAAAUGUGCAGUCCAUAUACUCUCAACUCAUCAUCCUGGAUAUACUGAUUCCUGUAAUUGGCUUGGUCGUCGAACUACCUUUAAAUGUCCGGCAGAUACUAGUUUUUAUUUCGGGUCUAGUUCUGACACUAAAUACCACAGCCAUUUUAGUUACCAAAAUUAAAUGGUUCUAUUAUUCAGUGCGCUAUGUUUAUCUGCUGGUGAGGCACAUGUAUCGCAUUUAUGGAUUACAGCUAUUGAUGGAAGAUACAUGGAAGAGGAUUCGGUUUCCAGCUGUACUGCGUGUCUUCUGGCUAACGAGACUUACAGCACAAGCUGUGGUAUUAACAUAUGUUGUAAAGAUGGCUGAAACUAAUUCAGAAGAAAAAUUCUUCUUGAUAUCGUGGGAUAACUGUUGGGAGCUGAUUUGCAGUCUGAUCAUAAGUGGGUGUGACUCUACUUUAACUGUGUUAGGCAUGAGCGCUGUCAUUUCCUCAAUAGCGCAUUAUUUGGGACUUGGUAUCUUGGCCUUCAUCGGAUCAACUGAUGAGGAUGACAAAAGGCUUGGUUUUGUAGCGCCCGUCUUGUUUUUCAUUUUGGCUCUGCAGACUGGUUUAAGUGGACUGAAACCAGAAGAACGAUUAGUUCGCCUGAGUCGAAACAUGUGCCUUUUGUUGACCGCAGUCCUGCAUUUUAUCCAUGGAAUGACGGACCCUGUGCUGAUGUCUCUCAGUGCCUCCCACGUGUCGUCAUUUCGCAGACACUUCCCUGUACUGUUUGUUUCCGCUUGCCUUUUCAUCCUUCCAGUUCUGCUCAGUUACAUCCUCUGGCACCACUAUGCACUAAAUACGUGGCUUUUUGCAGUUACAGCAUUCUGUGUAGAGCUUUGCCUAAAAGUAAUAGUUUCUAUCACUGUUUAUAUAUUGUUUAUGAUUGAUGGCUACUAUAACGUGCUAUGGGAAAAACUUGAUGACUAUGUCUAUUAUGUUCGUUCAACGGGCAAUAUUAUUGAGUUUAUAUUUGGAGUAAUCAUGUUUGGAAAUGGAGCUUACACAAUGGUUUUUGAAUCGGGAAGCAAGAUUCGUGCGUGCAUGAUGUGUCUACACGCGUACUUCAACAUCUACUUGCAAGCAAAGAAUGGCUGGAAGACUUUUAUAAAUCGCCGGACUGCUGUUAAGAAAAUAAACUCACUUCCAGAGGUAAAAGGAAGUCGGUUACGGGAAAUAGAUGAUGUGUGUGCAAUCUGCUACCAUGAGUUCACCACCUCUGCUCGCAUUACUCCAUGCAACCAUUACUUUCAUGCACUUUGUCUCCGGAAGUGGCUGUACAUUCAGGACACUUGCCCGAUGUGCCAUCAGAAAGUGUAUAUUGAGGACAAGGAAAAUGCCAAUAUCUCUAACAACAAUGGGUUUGUGGCACCAAAUGAAAAUCCUGUACAAGUUGCAGAAGAAGCUGCUGAUGCUGAAAAUGAAUUAAAUGAAGAUAAUGACAGUACCGAUAGUGAUGAGGAAGACGAUGACUGUGUGGCACAGCACUUGAACGAGACUCUUAAUGUUGACUCUAACUCUCUUGGUGAUUAAGAUGUCCUUUAAGAAGCUGUGAGGUAUUUGUUUAAGAUUGACUGCAACGGAAUAAAAGUAUCACUUUGUAGUUAUUGUUCUUAAGCACAACAGCAGUAUCUCAAUGUUGAGUCUGUGAAUGGUGGUUGUUUACUGUGGUGUGUGCUACUGUAAAUAUACCUCUAAUUUUUGCUGGUCUUUUUCAUGACCACCUUAAAAUUAUGUACAUUAUUGUACAUGGAAUAAAAUGUUUUCACAUGUUU